AAAAAUACAUUUUACACAAAUUCGCAUUCAAUUCACAUUCUCUCACACACACAUAAAAUAAUUCCUAGGCUGCCUGUCCACAACUGCUGCAACACAUUCGACAACAACCACUGGCAAUUUGUUGUUCACGUAUCCACUGGUCAAAACAUGCUUGCAUAGAUAAAACCGUUAUUAAACCCAAACAUUGUCAAAUUCGAGCAAAGACAACACACAAAACUGCAACGCACGCAGCUUAUAGGAAACACAAGCUCGCCAACUUUUGCACAACGCUAGAUGUAUUAAACUCGGAAGAAACGAACCAUCAAUAAAUAAAAAGUAACAAACAAAUAAACAAACAAACAGCAAGAACAACAUUAAACAGCAAGAAGCACACCACACACUACACACAGCAACAAAAUGGCCUUAAUUAUGAAAUACAUCGAGAGCAUAAACAGAUAUAUGGACUCACAUAGUGAUUCAAGGACAAAGGACUGGCCCAUGAUGUCAUCACCCUUCCCCACACUGGCCGUGUGCCUCACAUACGUCUACCUGGUUAAGGUGCUUGGGCCCCGAUUAAUGGAGAAUCGAAAACCACUUCAUCUACAACAACUGCUGGUCAGCUAUAAUGCGUUACAGGUUGUAUUUAGCGCGUGGCUUUUCUAUGAGUGUUUAAUGGGCGGCUGGUGGGGUUCGUACAGCUUCCGCUGUCAGCCCGUGGACUAUACCGAUAGUCCCACUUCUAGGAGAAUAGGACAGUCCGGUUGGCUAACAGGACAUUAUAGCUUCCGAUGUCAGCCAGUCGACUAUAGUAAUAAUCCUAGAACGUUAAGGAUGGUUCAUGCGUGCUGGUGGUAUUACUUCUCGAAGUUCACAGAGUUCAUGGAUACGAUUUUCUUCGUGCUGCGCAAGAAGACGAGCCAGGUAACAACGCUGCAUGUGAUUCAUCACGGAUGCAUGCCCAUGUCGGUGUGGUUCGGUGUUAAAUUCACUCCAGGUGGUCACAGCACUUUCUUUGGCCUGCUCAAUACAUUCGUGCACAUUGUGAUGUAUACGUACUACAUGUUCUCGGCCAUGGGUCCACAGUACCAGAAGUAUCUCUGGUGGAAGAAGUACCUGACAACGCUGCAAAUGGUCCAGUUCAUUCUAAUUAUGGUGCACGCCUUCCAAUUGCUCUUCAUCGACUGCAAUUACCCGAAGGCCUUCGUCUGGUGGAUCGGCAUGCACGCCGUGAUGUUCUUCUUCCUGUUCAACGAGUUCUACAAGGCAGCAUACAGAAACCGUCUCAUGAAGAAGAAUGCGUUGCUGGCCAACGGACAUGCCAAGCCCAAUGGCUAUUGCAAGAGCAUCAAUGCCCACGACGAUCUGUUCAUGCCACAGCCAACUGCAGCCGUUACGACGCCCAAGGCCAAUGGCAAUGCCACACUCUGCAAUGGCCAUGCGAAUGGCCUGAAGAAUGGCUACAACAAACAGCAGCCAAUUGCCAAUGGCAAUGCGACGACAAUUGGCAAUGGCAGUGCGCACAAAACGAACGGGGUCCUGCUGGCCAAUGGCUAUGGCAAUGGCAACGGUUAUGCCACAAAGCUGGUGGACGAUGUUAACCAGGAGCUGACACACCGAAAGACACAAAAAUAAUAUCGGGGAAAUGCGGGUCGGCGCCAACAUAGAGCUUAGGAUGGGAAGCGGGUAGCACAGCAGUCAGCGCCAGGAGCAACACUUUGAUGCUCCAAGAGUCAUAAGCACACCUACAUCUAUGCACACAUACACACACACACACACACAAAUAACAUACACACACACAACACAGC